AUGGCAAGCUCACUGCUCCACUACUUCAACUUCGGCAGCAACUCGGCCAAAGACCCAGGCCAAGAGAAAGACACCCCCGUGCGUGCUUUGCCCGCAUCAUGGUACACCUCGCCAGAGAUGUACGAGCUCGAGCGACGUGCCAUCUUCUCCAAGCGGUGGCUCUUCAUCACCCACAGCACCCGCCUCAAGGAGACAGGCGACUGGCUCCGGUACGAGAUCGCCGGGUACGACUUCAUCCUCACACGCGAUCGCCAAGGAAACAUCAAUGCGAUGCAUAACGUAUGCCGACACCGAGCGUACCCCGUCAUCGAGAAAGAGGGUCACGGGAACAAUAAAAUCCUAGCGUGCCGCUAUCACGGGUGGUCCUACGGAUUGGACGGCAAUCUCGCCAAAGCACCCGGAUACCAGGAGCUGGAGUUCGACAAGGCGCAAAACGGCCUCUUCCGAAUCCACGUCAAGAUCGAUGCCAACGGUUUCAUCUGGGUCAAUAUGGAUGCGAAGGAGACGCCGGAGGUCCCUUGGGAAGAACACUUCGAUCAUGUGGACAAGCAAGCCCGGUAUAAAGACAACAACAUCAACUUCGACGACUACGACCUGGACCACACAUACGAGUUAGAUGGAGAUUAUAACUGGAAGAUAUUAUCAGACAACUUCAACGAAUGCUACCACUGCCCUACGACUCAUCCAGAUAUCCCGUCAUUCUUGAAUCUGGGCUCAUUCGACAGCGACGUCAAGGAUGGCCAUAUCCAGCACCAUUGCAUCUCCACCCCCGAACAACUGGCCAAGGGACUCAAUGUCGCGAGUACAUAUUACUUCCCUAACUCGUCUAUGUCUGUUUCUGCCCACUUCAUCAUGGUCCAGAAAUUCCUCCCAAAGAGCCCUAACAGGUCAACCAUGUCUUAUGAGAUCUACCGCAACCGCAACUCCUCAGACGAGGACUUCAAACUCAUCAGCGAAAUGUACGCGCGCGUCAUGGCCGAGGAUAAAGUGCUCUGCAUCAACGCGCAGAAGAAUCUCGACCGCGGCGUCUUCGUCAACGGUCAGCUGCACCCUAAGUACGAGAAAGCGCCGCUCUUCUUCCAGAGUACGGUGCGCGAGGUCAUCACAGAGCACUAUAACCGCGAGAAGGCCGAGGGAAAGGAGAUUUGGCCUGCAAGACAGAAGUUGCCUGGUAAUGCGCAGGUGAGUGAGUCGGAUGAGGCGAUUUGUGCGGGCAUUAGCUGUGGCGCGAGGAAGGUUUUGGCGUGGUGAUGAUCUUUGUUUUGCUUUUAGCGUUGUUCGAGGGAUCCUUGUUUGUAAAUUGUUUCGUAGUGGCAUUUUUAAUGUGAUUUGGCCUGGAUGUGAUUCAUACGAGAAAAGG